GCGCUGCCUCCCCGGGCCGGCCGCUCCGCGCCUGCUGCCACCGGGCCAGCUGCUGGCUGUCCCGAGCGCUGCGAGCCCGCGCGCUGCGCCCCGCCGCCCGACAACUGCGAAGGUGGUCGUGUCCGAGACGCGUGCGGCUGCUGCGAGGUGUGUGGCGCCCCCGAGGGCGCCGCGUGCGGCUUGCAGGAGGGCCCUUGCGGCGAGGGGCUGCAGUGUGUGGUGUCCUUCGGGGUGCCCGCCUCGGCCACCGUGCGCCGGCGGUCGCAGGCCGGGCUCUGUGUGUGUGCCAGCAGCGAGCCGGUGUGCGGCAGCGACGCCAAAACCUACGCCAACCUGUGCCAGCUGCGCGCUGCCAGCCGUCGCUCCGAGAGGCUGCCCCAGCCGCCGGUCAUCGUCCUACAGCGCGGCGCCUGCGGACAAGGGCAGGAAGAUCCCAACAGUUUGCGCCACAAAUAUAACUUCAUCGCUGACGUGGUGGAGAAGAUCGCUCCUGCGGUGGUUCACAUCGAGUUAUUUCGCAAGCUCCCUUUCUCCAAGAGGGAGGUGCCAGUGGCCAGCGGGUCUGGGUUCAUUGUGUCAGAAGACGGACUGAUCGUGACCAAUGCCCACGUGGUGACCAACAAGCACCGUGUCAAAGUCGAGCUGAAAAGUGGAGCCACCUAUGAAGCCAAAAUCAAGGACGUAGACGAAAAGGCGGACAUUGCUCUUAUCAAGAUUGACCACCAGGGGAAGCUGCCCGUCCUGCUGCUCGGCCGCUCCUCGGAGCUGCGGCCAGGAGAGUUCGUGGUCGCCAUCGGGAGCCCGUUUUCCCUCCAAAACACCGUCACCACCGGGAUCGUCAGCACCACCCAGCGGGGCGGCAAGGAGCUCGGGCUCCGGAACUCGGACAUGGACUACAUCCAGACGGACGCCAUCAUCAACUAUGGAAACUCGGGAGGCCCCCUGGUAAACCUGGUAAGGCCUGUCAUUACCCAUGUCGAGGUUUGUUUUUAUCUGUGUGCGUGCUGUUUUGUUUUAAUUUCUGUUAUCCCUUUUGUUACACCAGGGAAAGCCAUCACCAAGAAGAAGUACAUAGGGAUCCGAAUGAUGUCACUCACGUCCAGCAAAGCCAAAGAGUUGAAGGAUCGCCACCGAGACUUCCCUGACGUGCUCUCGGGAGCCUACAUCAUUGAAGUGAUUCCUGAUACCCCCGCAGAAGCCGGUGGUCUCAAGGAGAACGACGUCAUCAUCAGCAUCAACGGACAGUCGGUGGUCUCGGCCAAUGACGUCAGUGACGUCAUUAAGAAAGAAAAUGUCCUGAACAUGGUUGUUCGCAGGGGCAAUGAAGACAUUAUGAUCACAGUGAUUCCCGAAGAAAUCGACCCCUAGGUGGAGGCGUGAGCUGGGCUUCACUUUUCCCUCAGAGACUGCGGUGGACCAUGCGUGAAGACCCUGGGCUGGUGGCAUGGCGUACCCGGGACUUUGGACCGCCAUUUUGUUUGUUCAGUGGAAAUGCCCCAGCCAACAGAUUCCUUCCUGAUAGUGUUCAGGCAAAACAAAUGUAAUGUUGCAGAUUCUCAGGCAGAAGCUCCGCCCUUCUGUACCCCAUGUAUGCAGCGUGCUUUAUCUUGCCAGCUUGGGCUCUUCCUGCUUAGACAGUCAACACCUGUCUCCUCCUUUAACCGAGUCAUCGUGUUAGUCCAACUAAUGCAGUUGACGCAUUGUGUAGAUAAGAGGAAGGCCUCGCAGGAGCCAGAACAGUCCUGGGCAUGUUCGUGCUUUCCUCUGAGUCAGCACCCAGAGACCAUGGAUGGGUGGAUGCUGGCUUCCGAGACGGCCAAGUCCCUCUUUUAGGAAUCUUCAGAACUGGGAGUGCGAUGACUCUUGAGUUUGAGCUAUUAAAAUACUUCUUCAUACAUU